AUGGCUACUCAGUACGCUGCUCCAGUCGCUGCUACCAAGGUUGGUUCGUAUUUUGUUCAGCAGUACUAUCGAGUGUUUCAACAGCAAAGGGAUUGUGUGCAUCAGUUUUACAAUGAUGCCAGCUCUAUGGUGAGAGUGGAUGGGGUAAACAGCCAAUCUGCCUAUGAAAUGGUGGAAAUUCAUCAAAUGAUCACAUCACUAAAUUUCUCAGGAAUUGAGAUCAAGACAAUAAAUUCUCUCGAUUCAUGGAAUGGAGGUGUUCUCGUGGUUGUUUCUGGUUCUGUCAAGUUGAGGGAUUUCAGUGGCUGGAGGAAGUUUGUGCAGACUUUCUUCCUUGCACCUCAGGAGACGGGUUAUUUUGUACUAAAUGAUAUUUUUCACUUGCUUGAUGCGGAAGUUCCCGAUCAACUUCCAGCUUCAGCAGUAAUGGAACAGGAACAUGAUUAUCAACCAGCUAUUUCUACUCAUCAUCCGGAGCUUCAAGGUUCUGACUAUGCUUCAGAGGAGGAGGGCGGGGUAUAUAUGAAUUCUGCGAACAUUGAAGGUGAUGUGCCAGUCGAAGAGUACAGUUUUCAAGAGCAUCAGGAGGAGCAGGAACCUGAGGCUGAAAGAGUAGAAGAGGAUACUCCUUCGGAAGACUCAAAUCCCCUACUUCAAAAUAUGGCGGCUACUGUGCAAGAACCUGCACCUGCCAUAGAGGAACCUGUUGAAGAGCCUCAGAAGCUGACUUAUGCUUCUAUAUUGCGUGCCAAGGGAAAAGCAGCACCAUCAGUCAGUUCUAGGCCAUCUUUUCCUCAGAGCACACCACCUGCUUCAGAUUGGAACCAUGCAUCACAGCCCUCACUUCAGCAGUACAAUGUGACAUCAGUUGUGCUAGACUCUGAUGUGGAUGCAGUGGACGAAAGUUCUCCUCAACUGGAUGGGGAAUCAAAAUCUGUGUAUGUGAGGAACUUGCCACCUACAGUUACUAGUGUGGAUAUUGUGCAAGAGUUCAGGACUUUUGGGAAAAUCAAGCACGAUGGGAUCUUCUUAAGAAAUCGCAAGGAUGCUGAUGUUUGCUAUGCCUUCGUUGAGUUUGAAGACGUGCAGAGUGUUCAGAAUGCAAUCAAGGCUUCUCCGAUUCAGUUGGCAGGAAAUCCAGUGUACAUUGAGGAACGAAGACCAAACACCAUUAGUACUUCACGUGGAAUGGGAAGAGGCAGAGGCGGCCGUUUUGGUGGAAGGACUCUCGGCAGGGGAGGCGAUCAAUAUGCCAGAGACAACAACAGAUCGAAGAUCAAUGGUUUCCGUGGUAUAUGA